AUGCAUUGGAUUGCUCAUUAUGUAACAUUCGACAGAGUACCCUCUGAUCACCUCGAUGAUUCCAAACCUAUAUCUGAUGGCACACAAUUUGAGAAUAUUGAGUACCUCCUGUGUCAAAGUGAACUUGACAAGUUGCGAAGUGAUUUCAUCGUCCUAGUGGCCCGUAUUCUUGCUGAAUUCUUUAAAUUCAUGGAGCCUCUCAAAUCUGCCAUACCAAAGCAUAUCCAACACAGGUAGGAAUAACUAUAAUUAAUUAUGAUAUGCUAUACAGGUAUUUAGUUUUAAAAAAUUUAAGCCAAACAAGCCCAAAAAGGUUAUACAAUCCCACACCGGUCUGCCGUCUUGGCCAUAGACAUCUUUGAUUUCCCUUUGUGCCUCAAGCAUAAAAAGGAAAUGGUCAAGACAAUGCUUUGCAGUAUUAAUAUAUAGAUAUUUUUAGCCAGGGCUAAAAGCGAAGCUUUGGUUAAUAAUACUUGACGUAAACAAAAAAAAAUUAAAUCAUGUAAUGCUAAAUAUGGAGGGCAAUGAAAAUGGCAUCAAGAUCAAUAGAUCUAAUUAGCAAAGAAACAAAUUGCAUGUGCAGCACACUUUUUUUCUAAUUAGCAAAAACACAAAUUUGCACAUGCAGCACGCUUUUUGGCUUUCUCGUUGUUUUGCACAACUACAAUGCUGUUUUGUAGGACUAAGACGUCAAACUUCCUAGUUACACAUUAUUUUUAUGGAGAAAUUGUCAUAUAAGUGCUCACCCAAUAUUUUGUCUUCUGUGUUCAUGCAUGAUUGCUUUUAUUUUUCACUGCCACUCAUUUUCACCUUGCUGGCUGCUAGCAUUUCUCAUUCUCACAGCCACUUUGAAUUUUCAUGUUUUCCUUCCUACAAAAUUUGUCUCUUUUGUUUUCAAUCACUCGCUUUAGCUCUUUCUCUGUUAUCCACAUGAGUGUAAACAUCAAAAAAAACGUCGAAAAAGACACAACUUUUUGUUGUUGUUUUUUCUUUCUAAAAGUCCGGGCGGUCAUGUGAUUCUUUCCAAAUAAAACCUUGAGUUGCAUUUGGGUUGCCAGCAUACCUGUUGAUUGAAUGAUUUUAAAUUGACAUGCCUGUGGUGCGAACGGAUGGUUGGUCGGUCAGUCGGUGUACGGUCAUGUGUUCUUGGAUGGGUAGUUUAUCACAAUUUUUUACCCAUGGUGUUCCGCUGCGCGCGUUUCACGCGUGCGAGAGCUCCGAUAUCAAGUUUCUUGGUAGACUAUACUUAAUUUGCUCCUUUAAAGAUAGUAUACAAGAGUUUUUCAUGUGCCAUGGAAAGGUGUGGUCUAUUUGUUAUUUAUUUGAGAUAAGAUAAUGAUUUUAACUUAAAUUGAAAGAGCUUUGGUAUAUUGUGUUCAGGUACUCUGAAUUCAUGAACAAAAAGUCUGUCAUUAUUGGACUACCAGUGGUACCUUACAAUCAAUCCAAGCAUGCAGAUGUUUGCCAAUAUCUUGAAUAUGUU